AUGUCUGAAAAUCCAAUCGAACAAUUGAUUGCUCACUUAAAUCAAGUUGAUUUAAGUAAGGGUGGAAAAAAUACAGUCUUCUAUCAGAAUUUAUUAGAAAAAAUUUGCUGCGAAAAUUUAAAAAGAUAUGAAUGUAAAACUCAUUUUUUAACCCCUGAUUUGAUGACUGUUUUGUGUGAUAGCUUACAGUCUACAAGCAGUAUUAAAAUAGCCAAUGCAGCAAAUCUUGUUGCAGAACUUGGAAAAUACGAUUGUUGCAGAGAUUUCUUAUGCAAUCAAAUUUUGGUUUCCCUAUUAUUGAGACAUUUACAAAGUUCUGUUCUCGAUGUCUUGAUUCAUACAUGCAGAGCUUUAGGAAAUAUUUGUUUUGAAAAAAGUGAGGCUCAAAAUUUACUCGCAAACCAGGGAGUAGUAAAAGAAAUUCGUUCUCUGUUAGAUAGAUGUUGUCUCCCGAAUUCAGUAGAAAAUACUCCAAAAUUAAAAGUAAAUCUAAUUGGAUUUUUGUUAAAUUUGGUAGCAGACAAUGAGAAAAUUCACAAUCAGAUAUUUAGUGAAAAUUUAUUAAUUACAUUCGCAAAUCUCAUCAAGUAUGACCUGGAAAAUAAUUUGGGGACAGGAGUAUCACAAACAAUAUUUAUUAUAUUAGUUUCAAUGGCUGAAACAAUUCCAGCUGAAUCUGUAUUUACUGAAGAAAUUUGUGGACUAGCUGUGGAAAUGUUUCGAUUAUACUAUAAUGAUGAUUUUUGUGUUACUGGAUUGGAAUUUCUCGAAGAUGCUGAAUUGCCAGAUCCUGUAAAAUUUAACUUAGCUAAAUCUGGAAUAUUUCAAUUAUUUAUUCAAAUUCUUGAAAACAAACCGGAAACAUUAACAGAAGAUGAAACGAAUAAAUACGAAUUAACUGGAAGGGUUUUAGCGAAUAUAUUAACAGGAGAUGAAGCAAUGGAAUAUAUAUAUGAAAAAGAAGUGGGUGUGAUGGGCCAUUUAACUGAAUGGUUAAAAUCAUCGGAUAAAGAACUCGUACAUACGGCCGUUCUUUGUAUCGGGAACAUAGCACGCACUGACAAACACAGUAUUAGCAUUGUGAACAAAGAUUAUCAUAAGUUAUUAAUGGACAUUCUAAAAGAUAAAUCAAACGAUGUUAAAAUGCAAUAUGCCGUAAUAAGCACUAUUAGAAAUUUGUCCAUACCUAAAACGAAUAAAAUACAAUUGGUUAAAGAUGGUUUGAUUGAAAUUCUUUUACCGCUCAUGGAUUUGGAUGUGAAAACGUCAUCUGCUGUAAUUUUUAAAUUUGUUGGAACUCUGAGACAAGUGAUAGACGGACAAGAAUUGCUUGCUGUGGAAUUGGGGAGCGACGAAAAAUUAGUUAGCAAAUUAGCAGAUUGGGGUUCUUUGACGAUUCACCCUUGGGUGUCAUCCGAAUGUUCCAGAUGUCUUUGUUGGCUCGUCAAAAUAUCAAAGGAUCGAGAGGUUAUAUUGAACGUUUUAAGAAACGGCGGUUACACACACAUAAUAAAACUUUUGGGCGCAUUACACGGUCUCAUGCAAAGCGAAGCCAUUUCUGCACUCACCAUAACUUCGGCUGUGGUUUUAUUAGAAUUAGAAAACAAAAACAAAAGCGAAAAAGAAAAGGAAAAGGAAAAUACGACGACGGAUUCCGAUGAAAAUCCCGAGGAUGAAAAAACGAUAAACGAACAAUUAGAAGAAGGUGAAGAAAAUUUAAAAAAUGCAAAAUUUUCCGAUUUCGAGCAUUUGUUAGUGAGAGGAAACAUUGGUGAAAAAUUAAAACAUUUAAUAAUGCAACACGGAGUCAAAAUGGACGAAAGAAUAUUGGAAAACAUAUUUACCUUUUUGGAAAUCGUGACGAAAUUCGAGGGUGAUUCGAUAAAUUUCAAAAAUUUUUCGGGACAUGUAUAA